UGUCUAGACUGUGGACGUGCACCAGGUGUACAAGUACCCCUUCGAGCAGGUGGUCGCCAGCUUUCUCCGAAAGGUUUUCAUGCUUUGAGAAGGGCUGAAUGAAAUCAUGUGCAUGGCGGCUUCUCUAGGAUAGCACCUUGCAUGAACCAGUAGCUGCUUGGUAAGUCUUUGAUGGGUGUGAUCCUGAUUUAGCUUGAUCAAUUCUGCAAUCAUACUGGAUUGUGUUUGAAAAGGUGUCCAGAAAAACCUGGCCACCUGCCUCCUGUCUUCUUCCCAGUACCCCAACCCCAUGGAUAAAAAUGUCCUCUCUGUAAAAAUCACGGAGGAAAAAAGAGAUGAAUCAACAGGGGUCAUCUACAGAAAGAGGAUUGCAAUCUGUCAGAAUGUGGUUCCAGAAAUUUUAAGGAAGGUGAGCAUUUUGAAAGUACCUAACAUCCAAUUAGAAGAGGAGUCAUGGCUCAAUCCUCGGGAAAGAAACAUGGCUAUACGGAGUCACUGCCUUACGUGGACACAAUACGCAUCCAUGAAGGAAGAGUCUGUCUUCCGGGAAAGUAUGGAAAACCCAAAUUGGACAGAGUUCAUUCAAAGAGGCAGGAUUUCAAUCACAGGAGCUGGAUUUCUCAACUGCAUUUUAGAAACUUUUGCCAGCACAUUCUUAAGACAGGGAGCCCAGAAGGGAAUUAGAAUCAUGGAGAUGCUGCUAAAGGAACAGUGUGGUGCCCCCGUAGCUGAAUAAAGAAUCAUCAGAGAGCUGUAUCCAUGUCUACUUUUUUAUUUUUAUUUUUUAUUUUUGAGAAUCACUUCUUGGCCACAACACAUCACAGACACAGUUUCUGGAAUACAGGUUUGAAGAUACAGUGUCGGCAGCUUCAAGAAGAGAAGACUUUCUUGCCAGGACAUAAAAUGAUACCCUCCUCUGGGAUCCUACUUCGAAUAGUGGAACUCAGGGAGAUGAGAUCUUCUUGCUGGAUUUUUAUGACACAAUCUCUUUAUAAUUUUACAAAUAAAGGAAAAAAGACCCAUGUAAGAUGAUGUGUGCCCUUCCUCAGGGUGUGCUGCUGGUUGUCUGGUGAUGGUGUGAGGGCGGCUAAGGACAGGAUAAAGGCCUGGAGAGGGUGCUUGUGCCCUUAUGUUAUCAGCACCAUUGUUCAUAGGAUUUGUGAGGGGAUCCUGGAACCAAUAAGGGAGUUGAAACUGGUACCUGAUUCACGGGUGGACUGGAACAAACAGGAACAUGCCAGACCUAUGUUGAAGCUAAGCCGUAUUUAUAACAAUGUUUAAGAUUCUCAGAAAUCAGGAGAUUUUUAUCCUAUCCAUAAGUAAUAUGUAACUGCCAUUAGUAUAGCUUUUAGAAUGUAACAUGUAAACUGUGAUUUGGUCGUCUG